AAGUCCUUUACCAUGAACUUUGCUAUUUGGAUUUUACUUUUUGUGGCGAUUUCACAAACGACAGCUAGUGAUUAUGAAGAAACUCAUACAACAUAUGAAGAAAAAAUCAAACAAGUGGAGGUACCAGUAUACAAAAAAUAUGAAAUACCAAUACCACAUCCAGUACCAAUCAAGGUUCCCCAAGAAAUAAAAAUUCCAAUUCCACAGCCAUAUCAAGUACCAAUACAAAUUCCUCACCCCUAUCCUGUCGAAGUAGUCAAACACGUCGAAGUUCCCGUGGAAAAACCUGAGCCUUAUCUUGUCGAAAAGAAGGUGCCUUUCAUUGUGGAAAAGCCAUAUCCUAUCUAUGUCGAUAAAAAGUUUCCCAUCCCUGUUAACAAGCCAUACCCAGUAUAUGUUCCCAUCUACAAACACGUGUUUCAUCACAAACAUUAA